UUUCUUUCAUCCAUUGCCAUUGGUUUUCAUCUUCCUCCCUCGCUCUAGUUUCUGACCUUUCUCUUUCCCCAAGAAAACGAGCCAAAGAAAGAAAGAAAAAAAAGCUCCAUUGAUCUGAACUCUGCAGCAACAAGUAUUGUUUUUCUGUCCAAUCCACGAGCUCGAGCUUCUUCGCAACCUCACUCCACCUUUAAUUUCUUGCCCCAACUACGCGACAUUCUUCUCUUCUUCCUCUUUCCCUCUCUUUUCCGCCAUUUUUUUUUGUCAAUUUCUUGUUUCUUCAAGUUUUUCCGUGCUGUUUGUAUGACCAAAUCACCCCGCGCCACCAUUUUCACUAUAAUCUUAAUCUGCAAGCUAAUCGAGGAAUCUAUGUGUGGUAACAAGGUUAGAAGCUUAGGUUUCUGGCGUUUCUGGUGGGUGCAUUUUGGUUCUUCAGGAUAAAUGCUUGUCGCUGGGGAUCUAGGGUUUCAGAGCCUGGUCCUUGCAGUUUGCUUGGUUUUUCCUGUCAUUGGUCUUGUUCUACGUCACAAAUGGCAGCUUGGUAUGGCCAGAAAGGAAGAGAUCAACCGGCUCUUGGUUUUUGCCUCGGAGGAAGCUGCUAGGGUUGAACUUCAGGCUUCGUUUGGGUACAUUCCUGCGCCGAUUUCUUUGAAUCAUCUCUGUGCUCUUUGUUUCAGUCCCACCACCACACGUUGCGCUCGGUGUAAAGCUGUUCGAUACUGUUCUGGUAAAUGUCAAAUUAUUCACUGGCGACAAGGUCAUAAAGACGAAUGCCACCCACCCAAAACGUCUGAUUCAUCUUUGGAGAAGGAAAAUGAUCCAAAGGACAAGUUAGGAAACCAACACCACUCUGGAAGUUAUGACAAAAAAAUUGAUACUGACAAUGGGCAAUGUAUAGAACCAGAUAAGAUCUUGUUUGAUAAACAUACAUCACCAGACUCUGGUUACUCUAAUGGUGUUCCAAGUGAAAAGGAUAUUAGUGUGAAGUUGCAUGCAGAUGAGGUGGAAAAUUCAACUUCAAAAUUGCCUGAUACCACUUUAUAUGAGUUCCACACUUCCACAUUAAACACUGAAUCAUCUGAUGAUGCAUCUGUGAGUGAGAACAAUAGCGAGCCUGGCUCCCCAAGAUCAGAUGGAUAUUUGUCUGCUCAAAAUUCAUUUGACAAGGAUAAUACAUCUAGAGUAUUGAUUGUUGAUCCAAACAAGCCAUUGUCUCCCAACUAUGCUCCCUUGGUAAACUCUGUUGAUAAAUUGUCUAAACUGAAAACAGAAAGUCAACCUGUAUUCAUUGGGAUUGGUCCAGAUUAUGAUAUCCCUUCAAAGGCUGCUAAAGUUCGAGGUAUAGGUGGGAGUGGUGAAGCUGCUUCUUCCAGUUUUCAAGAAAAUAAUGGAAAUUCUGUUGGGCCGAAAGGUGAUGUUCAUGAAGAUUCUGUCCCAUCUAGUACUGAUGGUGCCAACAACAGAAACUUUUCAGGAAGUCAUUCGUUCCUACACUUUUCAUUCAGCUUAGCUGGAGGUACUUCUCAGUCCAAUGCACAAGUUGCUGAAGUAAAUGAAAAUGUAGCAGAUGGUAAUCUUCCUACCACUUUGGGGAUAAACAGAAUUAUCGAAUCUACUUUGCUAUCAGAUGUCAAUACUGAAUCUAUAAAGGUUAGAAAUUCCCCAUCAAGUUGCAAAGGGUCUCAAGAGAAAGUUAACACCGCUAAGGGAUUGUCAGAUCACUCUGUAGUUAAUUCCACGUUAUCUUCUUCCUCUUCUAUCAAUCUGUUUCCUGUUGCUUCUAAAUCUGAAUCAAGGAGUAUUCAUGAUUCAAAUACUAGUAUAUCAAUACCCAUGAAGUCUGAAAGGUCAGGCCCUGUUUUCAUCGAGCCUGAUAACACUUCAAGUAUUUCAAAGCGUAGUGGCAAUGGGUCUUUAGUGGAUGGUUCGAGUGUUCAUUUGCUUUCAAGUAAUGGAAGGGAACCAGUUCCUCCAACUGAUUCUAGAAAAAUUGGUGCCACACAAGUUGGUACUGGAGUUUCCUCUCUGGAUGCCAACUUUUCGUCCAAGUCGGUUUAUGACUUUAAACCUUUUGCUCCCAAUGAACUUAGAAGAUCUAAAUCGCAUCGCGGUUAUGUAGCUAAUGGCAGUCGAAACGCUGGAAAAUACAAUAACAAGGGAGACUUUCCAUAUGAGCUUUUUGUCAAUUUAUAUAACUGGAAUAAAGUGGAGCUCCAACCAUCUGGCCUUGUCAACUGCGGGAACAGCUGUUAUGCAAAUGCUGUACUCCAGUGUUUGACAUUCACUCCUCCUUUGACAGCCUAUUUUCUUCAGGGAUUGCAUUCUAAAGCAUGUGCAAAGGAGAGAUGGUGUUUUACCUGUGAGUUUGAAAGUCUAAUACUCGAGGCAAAAGAAGGAAAAUCUCCACUAUCUCCUCUCAGAAUAAUUUCUCAACUUAGAAAAAUUGGAAGUCAACUUGUUAAUGGGAAAGAGGAGGACGCACACGAGUUUUUGAGGUGUGCCAUUGAAACAAUGCAAUCUAUCUGCUCUAUGGAAGCUCAAGCAAGUCGAUCAGGCCCUGUGGAAGAGGAAACAACUCUAAUAGGCCUUACAUUUGGAGGCUACCUUCUAUCAAAGAUCAAAUGCACAAGGUGUGAGAACAAGUCUGAACGAAUUGAAAGGAUUUUAGAUCUUACUGUUGAGAUAAGUGGGGAUAUUGAAACAAUCGAAGAGGCUCUUCAACAAUAUACUAGCCCUGAGAUUUUAGACGGGGAAAAUAGAUACCAUUGUACCAGAUGCAAUUCUUACGUGAAAGCCAGAAAAAGGUUGUCAAUAUUGGAGGCUCCCAACAUCCUGACCAUAGCAUUAAAACGAUUCCAGUCAGGCAAAUUUGGGAAGCUCAAUAAGCCGGUUAUUUUUUCGGAAAUCCUAGAUCUGGCACCCUAUAUGAGUAGCAGAAGUGAUAAGUCACCCGUAUACAAGCUCUACGGAGUGAUUGUUCAUUUAGAUGUUAUGAAUGCCGCAUUUUCCGGUCACUACGUGUGCUAUAUCAGGAAUAAUCAAAACAAGUGGUUCAAGAUUGAUGACAGCACGGUAACAGCUAUGGAUGUUGAAAAUGUACUAACAAGAGGGGCAUACAUGCUCUUUUAUGCAAGAUGCUCACCUAGGACUCCAAGGUUGGUAAGAAGCAAAAUUAUGACCGAGUCCAAAGAUGGACGCAUUCCAUCUUGGAUAAAUGGGAUGAGUAACUCAUCUAAAUCAAGUCCCAACUCCACAUAUCCUGAUUCCCAGAACCUUCAUAUCAACAACAAUUCAUCAAACGAUCCUUCAAAUAUCAGUUCGUUUUAUCGAAAGUUCCACCAGCUCCAGAAGCUUUUGGAAGAGGACUUAACGAGCGACAGUUCUUCUCUUCUCGGUAGCAACUCUGAUGAAAGUUCAUGCAGUACCAACAGCAGCAGUGACUCUACGAGCACUGAUGACUUACCAGAGUAUUUUUACAGCAGCGAUUCUGGAUGUGGUUGGAACGGUUUGCAAAUUCCUUCUGACAUAGACGCUUCUUUACCAUCAUCAUCUUCAUCCUCCCCACUUUUGCAUCCAGCUGAUUCAAGCGAAUGUGCAUCGGUUGGUGCUAAAACUGAGCAACCUCAUCCCAAUUAUACCAAUGGGAUCAGUAAUCUCUCUAGUAGGCGAGAAUCUAACGGUAGGGAGAAAACUGUGCGCUUGAUGGAGGGUAAAGAUGGUGUUUGGUUGCACUCUGACCCUAGCAGACAGUGUAGCAAUGUAACGAGUAAUGGUAGUUGUAGAAGGGAAAGGUAAAAAGGGUAAAUAUUUGAUUAUGAAAAUGUAUACCGAGUUCAGAGGUGAGUAAAUAAGAGCUUUAACAUGGGAGAGAAUGUACUUAGAAAAUGUUUAGAGAGCUGAUUCUUUUUGAAAGGAUCAGCUGUUAAUAUUUUGUAACUCACGUUUCAUACUAUUAUUAUUUUUAUUCAUUACGGCUGUUAAUAAUAAAAUGCAUUCAUA